UUCGCAAUGGACGUUAAUAUUCCAGUCACCAUGUAAUCAGUCAUUAUUGUAAUAGAAAUGCGAAUCAGAAGUGUAUUGACAUUUGAUUUUCAAGAACUAAUUAACUAAUCAGCCAGAUUAGAAAAAAAAUAAGCGAAAUAUGAAGAAUACAAAUACAAACGACAAUUGUAGGGAACCUAUAGAACUACGCAUGCUAAAGCAACAACUAGCAAAUUUAACAUGCACAUGUAAAACUUAUAGAAAUCUUUCAGUUUUUUGGAAAAAUACAAUCCAAGUAGACCAAGGUGUUCAGGUAAAAGGAUUGAAUUGCUCUUAUGACCAAUUUGUACAAACCAUGAGCAACGAUAAUGUUCGACACGACAAUGACAUUGAAAUACCCCAGCAGUUUCGUACUAUGAUACGUAACCAAAACAAUUUAGCACCGUGUUCUACGUGUUUUGCUGCUUUAAACGCGUUACACAAAGGCACCACACACAUCUUAAAGGACGAAGAAUUAGAAACAAAUCCAAAGAUGUUUACAUGUGAUAAAUCAGCCGGAAGGCAUUAUAGAUAUAUAGAGAAAACAACUUCAGUAACCGAUACACCCGACUCGAAAUAUUUUAAUUUGACAUUUAGUGACACCACCAGUCAAUAUUCAAGUGAUACGUUUGAAUCCAAUCCUCAUAUCAUAAAAAGGAGUAAUCGUGAUAAAGUGCAUUUUCUUGAUGACUAUUUGGAAUACCAGCAAGACAAAAGUUAUUCAAAAGCUAAUUGCACAUGUAUUCAUAUGAAUAAUUUUAUAGAUUCUAUCAGACCACCUAUGGUAAACAUGUUUUGAAUUUACGGUAUUCUAUAUAGUACGAAUGCCGAUACACUCGAUUCAAUGAUUAAACAGCUGUGUAAAUAGUCAUUGCAAAAAAUAAGUUCUAUAGAUCUUUGUAAGUAUACGCAUGAUUGUGUCUACCUAUACUGCGAUAAGAGUGAUGAAAGAAAAGUUUUAUUGCGAAAUAUCAUUCAGUGGUGGUGUCAAUUAAUACCUCAUUAAUUUUUGCUGUUGAUAAAUCACAUAAAUUGUAUAAUGUUUGUUUAUUUUGUCAAACUCAGGAGCCAUUAUAUUGCACAUGUAAUAUUUCGAUAGCCCAGAAAAUAUUAUAGAUACAUAUGAACCUUUUGAUAGUAGGUACUAGUGCCUUCUUAAGUCGUUAUCCAUCCACCUUAGCCAUGAAGGCAUUAGGAGGUAACAAACAAACUAAAUCACCAUCGUAUUUAUAAUUUUAAUAUACUUUAAUAUUUGUAACUAUGUAAUACACCUUGUAUUUCAAUUGUACCAAGCGAAAUGUGGGCAUGUCUUAAGUUUUAGUUUGCGACUACAUCGACAGUUUGUAAAUACCUCUAUGUAUCUUUGUAAAUGACUACCCCAUUUCGGAUCAUAGUCGUAAUGGUAUAUUUGUUAAGUACGAAUAAGGAUUUCAAAGUUAUAAUUUGAAAGACUAAUUUAUACGUAAUACAUUAUGAGGGUAUUGGAUUACACACAUAUGAGAUAUGGACAUAAAAGGAGAAUAUGUUGCAGUUGGAUGCUUUAGAACUAUGUAUGUUGAUUUAUAGUGCCACACUCCCAAAAGGUGCAUGUGUAAUCUAACUGUUAGGGAUUAUAUAGGAUUUAAUUAUUAGGCAGUUUGUUCACAAAACUGCCUGUCCCUGUAAUAAUAUAAAUAAUAGUCAAUUUUAUUGUCUCCCAACCAUAUACUUAUAGAAUAUAAUAAACAUUACUUCUUCUGCAACAGCAGGUAGGUAUGCAGGUAGGUUUGACUAUAUGUAUGGUUAUAAGAGUAAGACACCCCGUCUUAUCUUGACAGCUGUAUUAAUUUUUGAUUUAUAGGUCAUAUUGGUUUGCAUGUGCAAAUAUUCUUUGUAUGUAAUAAAAAUAAUCUUUGCUGCUACUGUGCUAUGUUAACAACCAUACAAGAUAUCUACUCGAUAUGCAUAUAUGGAUUAUACAAAACUUUAUUUUUUAUUUAUUUAUGAAACGUACUGUGAUUCACAAUAACAUUCUUAAUAUUUUUAUUUAUACACAAACAUAAAAUGAUUCGCCCGCUUCCAUUAACGGUAGGUACUAGGUACACAUUGGCGAUCACCAGCAGAUGAUGAUAGGUUGAGCAUGGAAUUAGGUCAGUUAGUAUAUCAUGGCGAAAUCACCACUAUUACUAUCAAUGUCCUCCUACCAUAUACUUAGUAUUAACAAUAUGUGAAAUACAAAACAAAGCAAGAAAUACGCAAUUUUGCAAUAAAUUAUGGUCACAGAUCGUUCAAUAACUAAUAGUGUAAAUACUCAUACUGCGCUAUUAGGUACAAACUACGUUUUCUUGUAGAUAUGCACU